GUCGGCUAGGCGGAGAAAACCAAGCGCGCUCGGUCCCGGCGCCAUGGACCUGGUCAUCACGCAGGAGCUGGCCCGCGCCGAGAGCCAGCAGGAUGACGCGUCCCUGAAGAGGGCUUAUGAGCUGAUUAAGUCGGCCAACCUGGGCAAAUCAGAGUUUGACCCCAUGGAGAGCUUCAGCCCCGACCUGUUUGUUUUGUGUGCAGAGCAGGCGCUGAAGAUGGGGCACCCCGAGAUGAGUGACGACUGCAUCCAGAUGUACUUCAAGGCGAAGGGGCCAGUCACCCAGUUCCUGGGCCGAGCUCACCUGUGUAAGGCCCAGCUCUGUGCCCCCAAGUCCACCGAAAACCUGGUGAGAGACGCCCCGGGGAGCAGGCGUCCAUCUGAGGGUGAAGCCUUCCAACCCUAACCUUCCGUGGGACCCCCACCAGGUCCCCGUUCCUAAACGAAUACCUAAUGGUUUGUCCCACUCGAGGUUUUCCCUGAGGCUGCCUUGAUUCUCCUCAAAAUUUUACAUCUUGUGUGGAAAGAGUUACAAUCUCACCUGCUUCCAAAAUUGUGUCAGGCUAGACAAAUCCUAAAGUACU